CUGUUCACAAUGUUCCACGUUGGUUUCCUUAACAGUCCUCCAGGUUUCUGCAGUCAGAGCUGGAGAGUUUGAGGAGCUCAGAGAAGGAACUUGAGGCUCUUCAAAAUGAGGUGGAUGAAGACACCACUGAGAUUAUCCCAUCAGCUGUAUACGUGGCUCAGCUGUAUCACCUAAUAACCAAGAUCAAGUGGGAAUAUGACACCCCGCCCAACAUUUUGAAAGGAGAGGUUCUUUGGCGAUGAAUACUACGAUGAAGAGGAGGAGGACAAGCCUCAGUUCGAUGACGAUGGUGUUGAUGAGCUGGAAGAGCCCUGGAAUUGGGACACUUGGACCGGAGAAGAACAGCAGGAGGAAUACGAUGAAGAGGAGUACAGCGUCUCUGGACCUCACUGCGAGGGUUAGGGUUUCAUUAUGGAUGCAGACUAUGACCCGAACCAGCAUGCUGCCUCCAAGAAGAAGAAGAAGUUGAAAAAGGAUGAUAUGCCACAGAUGGGCAAAAAGAAAAAGAAGUCUCACUUUGCGGAGGUCAUCACUAAAGCUAAGCCUGUGUUUGAUCCCGAGGAGAGAACUUUUGAGCAAUACUUGGAUGAAUACUACAAGCUGGACUAUGAGGACAUCAUCGACGACCUUCCAUGCAGGUUUCGCUACAGGCAGGUUGCCCCCAACGAUUUCGGCUUGACAACCGACGAGAUCUUGAAAGCUAACGACCAGGAGCUGAACCGCUGGUGCUCUCUGAGGAAGACCUGCAUGUUCAGGUCUGAGAAGGAGGAGCUGUGUGAUCUGAAGAAUUAUAAAGUGAAGGCACAGAAUGUGAGGAAGAAGAAGGAAGUCCUGAGCUCUGUGUAUUCUGAGGAGGACAAAGAAACAACUGAGGCUAAGACCAAGCUGGGAAAGAAACGGCGAGACCGUCUGAAGAACGCCGAUAAGCAGAUCACAGGAGCGGAAGAAGCGAGCAUGGAUUCUGCAGAGGAGACGAUUCAAGCUCUCAGCGAGGCUUUGGAAAACACUGAGGAAGGAGAGGAGAUCCUGGUACCCAAGAAGAAGAAGAAGAAGCUAGAAGAGCAAACCAAGGAUACAGCGGAGCAGACAGCAGAGAAACGAAAAGAAGGCAAGAACAGGACUGCAUGGUCCAAGAAGAAGCCCAGGAGGUUAGGUGGACGCCUCCAACCAGGAACCAAGAGGGUGAAAAUAGGUGGCCGGGAGUUCAGCAGACAGAGACUGAAGGCCUACGGGCUGAACCCCAAAAGGCUGUACUUCAGACAGCUCGGCAGACAGAAGCGGAAAGAGCAGGAGAAGAAGCUGAAGCAGAAGAACAAGGAGGGAUGAGAGCUUCCAUUGAGCUGCUGUCUGACCUUAUUGGACCAUCAGAGAACAAUAAGCUAAGAUUUGAAUAUUCUUUAAAAAUGUGUAGAAUAAAAAUGUAAUUGUGCUUUAAACCA